AUGGCUCGUCCCACCCUGCACAAAGUGGUCAACAUCGGCGGUGUGGGAAUGCAAUUUAAAGAUGCGAAACCAUUGGAGAAGAAAUUCGAGAACCUCGUCCCACACGGAACCAAGCUCAACUGCUUAUUAGAGUGUGUUCCGCGGGAG